AUGGCUGCCGUGUGGGCACCAGUCGUCGGCCACCUGCUCCUGCUUGCACUCCUGCCAUCGACCUCCUCCCACAUGGUGUUCGACCUCGGCGGCAAUGUCUACCCCACUGGCGAGUUCCACGCCACCAUGCACAUCGGAGACCCGGCGAAGCCGUACUUCCUGCACGUCGACACCGGCAGCAACCUCACUUCGCUAGAGUGCAAAGUGGGCAGCAAGGUGCCACACCCAGUGUACCGACCAACACGGGACAAGCCUGUUCCUCGCAAUAAUCCUCUCUGCAAUGCACUUCACCAGGACGUCGGCGAACCCGAGAAGCCCCAUAAAACUGUGUGCAACUACGAAAUACAUUACCUAGAUGGAUCAUGGUCUCAUGGUGUGCUCAUCCACGACAAGUUCACUCUCCCUUCAGGCAUCACCAAACCUGAUAUCGCCUUCGGCUGUGGGUUUGAACAUGGUGGUAGCCAUGAGACGACAACGGGGGUUGAUGGCAUGCUUGGGCUUGGGAGGGGUUCGGUAGAUCUGGUCUCGCAACUGAAGCGCAACAAGAUUAUCACAAAGAAUGUGUUUGCUCAUUGCCUCAGCUCAAAAGGAGGGGGUUACCUCUCCAUUGGGGAUGAGAAUGUUCUCUCCUCACCUGUAAGCUGGGUUCCCAUGGCUCCAAGAACAGAUAGGAAUCAUAAUCACUACUCACCAGGCCCAGCAACCCUCCACUUGGAUACAAAGUCGAUAAGCACAAAGACAAUGGAGGUGAUCUUUGACAGUGGCAGCACAUACACCCACUUGCCUGAGGGUCCACAUGCUCAACUUGUUGCUGCGCUGAAAGCAUCUCUCAGCAAAUCACUCAAAGAAGUGCGUGAUCCUUCACUGCUACAUCCAUGCUGGAAGGGGCCUGGGGGAUUCAAAUCAUCGGACGACCUCAAGAAGGAAUUCAAGUCAGUGAUGUCUCUGAAAUUCCACAAUGGCGCCACCAUGAUCAUCCCUCCUGAAAAAUACCUCAUUGUCACUGGACAUGGGAAUGCAUGCUUUGGUAUGCUUGGGAGGAAAGACAUCGGCGACAUGUGCAUAAUUGGAGACAUCACAAUGCAGGAUCAGCUUGUGAUAUAUGACAAUGAGCAUGGACGUCUCGGGUGGCGGGCGUCGCAGUGUGAUAAGAAGCCCAAGUCCAAAUCCGAUAUCUUUUCGCGCAUGUGAAACAAGUUUGUAUUGGCCAGCAAGGGGUGGAACAUGGAUGAAGGUAUACUAGUGCAUUAGCAGAAAUAAAGAACGUAAGAAAGUAAGAAACAUACAUGAUGGGACAAGAAACCUGUAUGUUUAUUUCCUCCUGAUCAGUGCUGGUAAUAAAGCGUAUAACACUGAUAUUCUACAUACCCUUCGAAGCCGAGAUGUUCCUUGCGCCUCUCAAAUUUUGCUGUGGAAAUAAAUACGUAUUGUUUGUGUAUAGGUACCAUCUGAGCUCAACACAAAGAGGUGUUAAACUCGUAGAGUGAUCAUGAACGUUUAAAAAAAAAAGAGUAAUCAUGAG